AUGUGGGCUACUCCAUACCUUAUUCUCGCUGCUCUGUGUGUUGUAGUCUUACACCAUCGUAAUGGCACCCGGAGACGUGGUGCGCUUCCACCUGGGCCUCUCGGGAUCCCUUUCAUCGGAAGUGCCUUUCAAGUCAACGCCGCAAAGCCAUGGGUUACGUUCUGUGACUGGAGACGUCGUUAUGGUGACAUAGUCCAUUGUCGGAUCUGGGGACAAGACACCAUCAUUGUGAAUUCGGAAAGGGUUGCUCGGGAGCUUCUAGAUAAGCGCUCGUCUAACUACUCAGAUAAGACGUUGAUCGAGGCUACUCAAGCGUUUGGUCUCGAUUAUAGCCCAGGGUUCACGCCUUACUCGGACAGGUGGCGUAUGCAACGGCGCAUAUAUCAUCAAGCGCUGAGACCGGAGGCUGUCGUUCAAUAUCAAGCUUUGCAGUUGGGAAGGG